AUGACUAAAGAUAUUGCAUCGGUUACCAAAAUAAUAAACUGUCGUCUUGUUCGAGACAGAAUAAUUCACGACGACGUGCUUUACCUACAAAACGGUAAAAUUAUAGACCCGCUAGGGAAUUUUUUUGACCGUGGAGAGGAACCAACGAGAGUUAUUGACGCGAAAGGUGCCUUGGUGGCGCCUGGGCUUAUUGAUUUACAAGUUAAUGGUGGAUUUGGGUUUGACUUUUCGCAAUGCGACGCGGGAGGUGAACAAAUUUACGUCGAGAAUAUGAAGAAAGUCGCGAAAAGCUUGUUGAAGUUUGGGUGUACUAGUUUUAUGCCUACCUUGAUAAGUUCAGUUCCUGAGGUGUAUCACAAAAUACUUCCAUUACUCUACCCACGCAAAGGCAAUAAAAAUGACGGAGCAGAAAUCUUAGGCGCUCAUGUUGAAGGUCCAUUCAUUUCGUACGACAAAAACGGUGCUCACAAACAAUCAAAUCUGCGCGAUGCACCAAAGGGGUUUGCCGAUAUCGCUAAAGUGUAUGGAAUCUCGGAGACCGAAAACAAUCAAUCAAUUAAGCUUAUGACUGUUGCACCUGAAGUGGAAGGAAUAAUGGAUAGUAUUCAUGAUUUGACGAGAGCAGGAAUAACUGUCAGCAUAGGGCAUUCUAUGGCAACAGUAGAGCAGGCCGAAAAAGCUGUAGAAAAAGGGGCCCGAUUAAUUACACACUUGUUUAACGCGAUGCAGCAGUUCCAUCAUCGUGAUCCCGGAAUAAUUGGAUUACUUGGGACCACUCGCAUACCCAGACCGUUCUAUGGUAUAAUAUGCGACGGAAUACACGUACACCCUAACAGCCUUCGAAUAGCUUACGACGCACAUCCUCGCGGUGCAAUACUCGUGACUGAUGCCGUCACAGCUAUGGGUCUGCCGCCUGGCGAGUACACUUUAGGUCAAGUUCGUGUACGCAAAAUAGGAAGCGAACGCGUGGAAGUCGUCGAGAACGGUAAACUAGCCGGAGCGGUCGCGUCUAUUGACAAGUGUGUACGGAAUUUCAAAAAGUUUACCGGCUGUUCGAUCGUGCAGGCUAUUGAGGCUGCUACUUUGCAUCCGGCGCAAUUGUUGGGGAUUCAGCAUCGAAAAGGGACUCUGAAUAUUGGUGCGGAUGCGGAUCUUGUGUUUUUGGAUGAUGAUUUGAAUGUGAUUGAAUGUUUUAUCGCAGGUGAACAAGUAUAA